AUGGCUCCGACGAGUCAUACUCCUGCACUUGGUGCCACAGUGCAUCAGCUGCUCAUCAAACCCAUCUUUGAUCUCCUCGAGCCACGAGAGAAACUUUAUGCCCACCACAUGGCGCGGGCGAGCUGGCAUGGAAGCAGAAUCAUCAUGCGUCAGGUUUCCGCCGAAAGUCCCGACAUCUUUGACUUCAUCAUGGAUCUGUAUCAUGCUUGCGACGGCCAGUGGAGUAGACUGGUGACAGAAUGCAGCAUUACUGAUAGGGAGCUUCAAGCAUUUCUCGAGUACGCUGGAACGUUUCUUUGUAAUCUGGGCAACUACUACGGCGAAGGAGACCGAAAGUUUGUUCCGGACCUGACUCCCGACGUGUUGCAAAAAGUUGCCACCAAAUCUGCCGCGGCCACUGAGAGGCUGAGCGCGAUUAUGCAGCCGUUACUAGCCGUCCCGCCGUUUGGCCUUGGUUAUCCCAACGACAACGCAGCGUCGGCCUAUUAUCCUGGCACAGAACGAAUCUCGCACGAGGAAGUUGCCAAAGUAUUCAAAGUCAUGGCUGCGCAUGCCAUUGAGCCUGAGAAUACUCGCCUACAGAAAUUUGUUGUGGGUGGAAAACCAGUGUAUCAUGUCCUACAAGCUUCUGUUGAGACAGACGAGAGGCCGCAGCCUCUGGCAAACGACGUAUAUCUCGUUCGUGGAGAUUAUUCCAAGGAAUCAAGGAGCGUUGUAUCGUCUCUGGGUGAAGCUAGCAAGUAUGUUGCCAACAACAAGCAAUCCGCAUUCCUCAGCCACUAUAUCGAGACGUUUCAAACCGGCCAUCUCGAUGCCUUUCGGAAAUCACAGAAAGUAUGGGUCACUGAUCAAGCCGCGAGGGUCGAACACGUAAUCGGUUUCAUCGAACCGUAUCGUGAUCCGGCGGGCAUUAGAUCAGAAUGGGAAGCAUUGGCUGGAAUCGCCGACAAGGACGAAGUAGCACGUUUGAAGUGUUUGGUUGAAAGCUCCGACAUCUUUAUUCGGCAACUCCCGUGGGCUGUAGAAGGGGUCAAUGAUGGUAAGGGACCAUUUGAGAAGAGCUUAUUUGAAGCUCCCGACUUUACGAGUAUCCAUGCGCUUGCCGUUUGUGGUAGCGUCGUCUUUGAGGCCUGCAAUCUUCCCAAUUACAAUGAUAUUCGCGAGACCGUGGGCUGCAAAAAUAUUGUUCUCGCCAACCGCCUCAGCGUCAACAAUAAUCCCAAUCUACCUUGCCCUUGGGUUGAUCCGUCUGAGCUGCAGCGCUUCAAACGCACCACGCAUAUUGUUCGAUUCCUGACCACGGCCAUCCACGAGCUACUCGGUCACAGAAGUGGGAAGCUUCUCAGUGAAACUGAACCCGGGAUUUACAAUUUUGACAAAAAGAACCCGCCCAUCAGCCCUCUUACUAAGCAACCCGUGGACUUGCACUAUUUGCCAUCGCAGAGCUGGGGAAGCGUCUUUGGCAAGCUUGCGGGGACGGUCGAAGAAUGCCGCGCCAUUCUCAUUUCCGAGUAUCUCAUGGAUAAUAAACAACUGCUAGAAAUUUUCGGCUACACUGAUAGCAGUGAAAUUACAGCCGACGAGCUUCUCUACGCAACCUAUCUCAACAUUGGUGUUGAUGGUCUUCAAGCUUUGCAGCAUUACAGCUUUGAAAACCAGGCUUGGGGUGGGCCUCAUCACCAAGCUCAUUUCUCCAUCUUCAAGCACCUCCUCCAGGAUGGCAGCGGCGUCAUCCGCGUUGACCACAAUCCUUCCUCUUCCAAUCUCACUGUCCGCGUUGAUAAGUCCAAGAUGCAGUCUCAUGGUAAGCCCGCUUUGAGCAAGUACCUCUGUUGCCUGCACAUAUGGCGCUGCACCGCAGAUGUCUCGUCUUGCAAGGAGCUCUACGAACACCUUUGUGCCGUGGACGGCGAUUACGAGGUGUGGCGAAAGAUUGUGUGUUCAAAGCCGAAUCCAAAGUGGAAGUUUGUGCAGCCCAACACAUUUUUCAAUGGUGACUCGGUCGAGAUGAAGGUUUAUGACGAGAGCAACGAAGGGAUUAUCCAGUCGUGGGCCGAAAGGGACAUUUAG